GGCAAAGACGGCACCUAUAGUGUUAAACUUUUGUACAUCAAAAGUUUUGAACACUGGGAGAGCCCAGGGGGGACCAGGGCCGCGUCUCCCUUCGGCCGCACAUCCCCUCUUCCUCCUCCUCUGCUCAAGAAAAAAGGCUGGAGUUUUCAGAGGAAGCCUUCUGCACUCUGAUGAUCGGAUGGGAAGAAAAUUGUUGACCUUGGAGACUGAGGAUGCUGUUGCCAUGGGAACUGUUAAUCCUCCUGUCACUCACGAAAAGCCUCGCAGUAACUCAAGAACCAAGUGAUGUUAUUUUUCUGUUGGACUGUGGUGACAGUGUGGUCGUCUUCAACUGUAAAGCUAAGGGCAGCCCAAUGGCGAGUUAUAGGUGGGAAUUUAAUGGAGAAGACAUCGCGAUAGGCAGUGAUUCAGAGUGCAGGCUGACAGAAGGAAACCUGCUGAUUAACAGCCCAGAACCAACGCGACAUGGAGGAAUAUAUCAGUGUAUCGCCAGCAAUCCCCCCCCCAGGCACCACCAGCAGGAAGGCCAGAGUGCAGUCUGCAUGCCUGAAGUCUGCUUCGCACAGGGGAUCGUCUGUGAAAUUGGAAUGCUUUGCAUUGGAAAACCCAGUACCUGCUUCGACAUGGAGAAGAACAGACGGAAAUCCUUUUCCGGAAAGAUCAAAAUCAACAACGACAACAACAAUACUCCCAUACUUCCAGCCAGAAGAUGCUGGCUCCUUUGAAUGCAUGGCGGAGAACACCAGGGCAUGAAAUGCUGAAAACGACAGCUACUGUUCUAUGAUAUCAGCAUUCACUGGCAUUUUUGCCAGAUUAGAAGUUUAAAAUGAUGUGCUGUUUUUAAAAGUGUAAAGAAGAAAUAUUUGCUUUCAGGCUUAGAAAUAUUUUAUUAUAUAUAAGAAUUCUUGUUUCUGUUGUGAAGUACAUUUGGGAUUCCCUGACUAUUAUCAGUUGAAUCAAACAGUGACAUCUAAUCAAAUGUCAGAUAAUUAAGCAUUACCUCAUAACUUAUCCUGAGUGGAUUUAUCUUGAUUUGUCCAAAGUUCAGCAAAGUAAGUCUAAUUAAAUUGGC